AUGUGCGCGCCGCUGCUGCUUUUGCCGCUCCUCCACGCCGCGCCCCUGCCGUGGUCGGAGCCGUCGUCGUGGGCCUCGGGCGCCGUGCCCACCGCCGACGAGUGCGUCACCAUCCCUGCGGGCGUGCAUGUUGCCCUCAGCGGGGCGACGGCCGCGCUGGCGGGCCUGCACAUCCUGGGCACGCUCUCGUUUGUCGACGGCGGCAGCGAGGCGGUGGAGCUCACGUCCAACGUGAUCGAGGUUUCGGGCACGGGCCGCCUCGAGGUUGGCAGCGUUGACGCGCCCUUUUUGGGGACGGCCACGAUCACGCUGGACGACAACAACUCGUCCGAGUGCGGGCUGACCUUUCGCUUCCUCACGCUGCUCGCGCGCGAGAAUGCGACGCUCUCGCUGCACGGCGCGCCGUAUGCGCCGUCGUGGACGCAGCUCGCGAGCACGGCGGUCAACGCGUCGCAGCAGCUCUCGUUCGCGGACGCGGUGAACUGGCCGGCGGGCGCCGAGGUGGUGGUCGCGUCGAGCGACUACGACCCGCACCAGGCGGAGACGGCGACGCUGGCGGCGUCGCUCUUUGGGACGACCGAGGCGUCGCUCAUGGCGCCGCUGGGCCACGAGCACUUUGCAGCCGUCGUGGGGGCAGAGCACGACCCGACGGGCGCCGGCGGCGGCGUCGACAUGCGGGCCGAGGUGGGGCUGCUGACGCGCUCGGUGGUCGUGCGCGGCGUGCCUCGCAUCGAUCCGGGGCGGUACAACGAGGCCGAGUGGAACUUCAACGAAGGCGACGGCGAGUGCACGAUCAGUGGUCACGUCAUCCUGCUCGACGGCGCGCCGACCGCCGAGCUGUCGUGGGUGGGCUUCGAGUCCCUGGGCGACGAGGGGCAGCUGGGGCGGUACCCGCUGCACUUUCACCUGCUCGGCGAGGAGGGCAGCCGCUCGUACGCGCUCGGCUCGACGCUGGACGAGGACACCAAGCCGCUCGAGCUGCGCGACGGCUACGCGCUCAUCGGACGCAAGGGUACCGGCGCCGCCACGGGCGUUGCGCUCGCCGAGGGGCUGGGCAGGCGCGCCGACGGCGGCAACGCGGGCAACUACGCCUAUUUCUACGCCACCGCCACCUCGGGCGGCAGCUAUGCAGAGCUGACGGACGUGAGCGCGACGCGCGGCCUAACUGUUGCCGUCCUCAACCCCGCCUUCCAGCUGAUCGAAAGCUAUACGUUUGACACGUUUGACGACGACGACGACGACGUGCAGAACAUGGUCGAGUACAUCGGAGGCCUGCCGGACCGCAGCAGCCUUGCAUCGUCCUUUGUCCUCGUGGGCGCCAAGGACGAGGCGUCCAGCAGCCUGACGACCGCCGCCUACUCGACCCUCGCGUCGGUGCUCGGAGCGACGGUCACUGCCGACACGCUGUGCUACCGGUGCUCUUACGCGCUCGUCUCUCGUCUCGGUGGUGGCGGCGGCGAGGGAGGCGAGCUGCUCAUGGAGCUGGUCGGCAACGACACGCUCGCAGUCAGCGCGGGCAAGCUCGCGGGAAACUACGCCCGAUUCUACGUCCACGGCGCGCAGCUCACGGGCGUGAGCAAUGGGCGCGGCCUCAACAUCGUCCUCGUGAGCGGCACGACGUUUGAAGUCGUCGAGCACGCGUGGUUUGACACCUUUACGUCGUCGGACGAGGCCGAUGUCAUGGUGAGCUACCUCGAGGCCCUGAGCUGUCCGUCGUGCUACGUCCUCGUCGGCGCCAAGGACGAGGCGUCCAGCAGCCUGACGUCCGCCGCCUACUCGGCCCUCGCGUCGGUGCUCGGGGCGACGGUCACUGCAGACACGCUGUGCUACCGGUGCUCCUACGCGCUCGUCUCUCGCCUCGGUGGCGAGCUGCUUGCCGAGGAGGUGGGCGCCGACACUUCGGAGGCGACGUCGUGGUGCGCCAAGAAGCUCAAGAAGAGCCUGUGCCACAACAAUAUGGACGACAAGAAGGGCAAGAAGUGGUGCAAAAAGAAGCUGAAGAAUGUCAAGGGGUUUUGCACGAAGGCCAAGCACGCCAAGAAGGCGAGGCGCUGCGAGAAACGCUGCUCCUUGUGUCGUUGA